CUGGACGAAAACAGUCGAGCGAAGCCGAAGCGACAGCAGCGGCCGCCGCACCGACCGACCGACCGGACCGUAGAGGAGAUCAGAGCCGCGCUCGUUGAGGCUUUUCCCGCACAAACGGAGGAUGACGGCGCUCAGCAGCGGGGAGUUGUGCGUCAAAUACGCGCUCUUCAUCUUCAACUUCAUCUUCUGGCUGGCAGGAACCGGCGUGCUGGCCGUGGGCCUCUGGCUGCGCUUCGACUCCAGGACCAAACCUCUGUUUGAAGCAGACGGCUCACCUUCAGUCUUCUUCACAGGCGUCUACAUCCUGAUCGCGGCGGGGGCUCUCAUGAUGGUGGUGGGCUUCCUGGGAUGCUGUGGAGCCAUCAAAGAGUCCACGUGCAUGCUGGGAUUGUUCUUCGUCUUCCUCCUCAUCAUCUUCACCGUGGAGGUGGCUGCAGGGAUCUGGGGGCUCUCCAAUAAAGACCGGGUGGUGGAGGACCUGACGCAGUUCUACAAGGAGACCUACACCAACUACCAGAGCACCAAGCAGGAUGCCCUGAAGGAGGCGCUGCGCGGGAUCCACUUCGGGCUGAACUGCUGCGGCCCCACAGGGACGGUCUUUGAUGGCGCCAACGACAUCUGCCCCAAGAAGGAGGGGCUGGACAUCCUCGUCACCACGAGCUGCCCCGUCGCCAUCGACGACGCCUUCAACAACAAGCUACACAUCAUCGGAGGCGUCGGCAUCGGGAUCGGAAUCGUCACGAUCUUCGGGAUGAUCUUCAGCAUGAUUCUCUGCUGCGGCAUCAGGAAGUCCCGGAACAUCAUGUAAACCAGACAAACCUCCAUCUCUAACCGGUGUAACGUUGGUCAGUCAACCGCUCGGACCCUCGGGCCUGUGGGGGCGCGGUGCUCCUGCAGCCCCGCCCCUUUGUUACAUUCCAGGAUCUUUGGGGGGUUUUAACUUCUACCGACAUUCCAGUAAAAUCCUGCUUUUCCGUAAUGAAGCCAAACCGAGCCGCUU